CUUCCUAUCAAAAAUUAAGAAUCCUCCGUUUCACAAUUAAUUUUUGCCCUGAAAUUUCUGAAAACCCUUUUGUUAUUUUAAUUUUCCGAAGCUAUUUUCAUUUACAGAUUUUCAUAAACCCUCAUGGAUUUUGAAGAAGAGGGUCUGCAUCUGUUCAAAACUUGAACUUUGGCCCCUCCUUCAUUCUUCCAAAAUAACACUAUCUCCAAUUUAUAUAGACUUUUAGCUUCAUAAACAAAGCGCGGGACUCCGAAAAUUUUCUGUCCCUUCCUCUCCCCCUUUCUCUGACGAUGUAGAUAGAGAAAGCACGUAGUUUCCUUCGGUACCCUUUUUCAGUUCUCAGCCUUGAAGGCUUGUAUACCUAGGUUUCCUUCUUUAUGUUUUUUUUUUUUGGGUUGGCGGUGGGGGAAUAAAAAUGAAGCCUUUACAUGAUCAUUUGUUUUGUUUUUAUAACUUGAAUGUGAUAACCAUAGCAGGAUGGUGUGGUUUGUUGAUGGGGUUUUCUUUGAUCUAGCUAAAUCCCCCUUAAUUAGUUUGAAGUUGAAGCUGAUAAUGCAAAUGUGUUUGUAGGUUUAUCUGAUAAGGGUGCAUGCUGUUUUGAUCAAUUCCUUGGUUGGUUGUUUCUGAAACAGAUCCGUGUCUACAAUGAUGGGUAACGGGGAGUCUUUGGAUUUGUAUAAACUUUUCAUGGUGGUGAAGAAGAAAGGUGGUUAUGAUGCUGUUUGUAAGAAUAGGCUGUGGGAUUUGGUGGGGGAAGAGUAUGGAUUGGGUGUGAAGGUUGGUUCCGAUGUGGAACAUGUUUACAGCAAACACUUAAGUGCUCUAGAGACAUGUUUGAAGAAUGUUGCUGGUGGCAAGUUUGCUGAAUAUGGUUUAGAGGGUGAUAGAGUUAAGUUUCAGAAGCAUUUGAUGGAGGCACACACUGAAUCCAUGUUGGACGAUUCUGGUGAGGAGGAGGUAGGAGAUGAACAUGAGAGGAGGGAUUGUGGCUGUCCGGAUGGUAGGAAGCUCAGUGGUAGUAAUAGAGUCAAGUGUGUGAAACCAGAGUCCAAUGGGGCUGAACAGGAGAGUGCUUAUAAGUAUAUAGAUAGGAGUAAGUCAUGUGGUAGUAAUAGUGUGAAAGACAAGAAUACAAAUUCUAAUGGGAAUGAAUAUGAUAAUGUAUGUGACUAUCUAGAGGGGAGGAAGUUGUGUGGUACUAAUAGGGUGAACGGGGUGAAUCCAGAUUUCAAUGAGGCCAAGAAAGUUAGAAGGCCGGAACUUGUUGAUUUGGACAUGCUGGAGGACCACGACAAGGAAAGUGACAUGCUUAGAUUGUCAGAUGGAAGCAAAAACAACAAUAAAGAUGAUGAUGACGAAAGUGAUGAAGUCUUGAUAUUGGAUCCAUCUAGUGUUGACCAAAAGAAAUUUGGUCACAAGAGGAAGAGAGAGUCUGUGUCAGAAAUGCUAAUUUGGAUUAACAGCAUUGCUAAAAAUCCUUGUGAUCCUGCAGUUGGUUCGGUUCCUGAAAAGUCUAAGUGGAAGUCUUGCAGUAGUCAAGAGAUCUGGAAGCAGGCUUUGUUGUUUCGAGAAGCAGUCUUUCUAAAGAAAGAUUUUGAGACAGCCAGUGAACAACUUAGUUGGCAGAGUCAGAAAAUGCAUCCUUCCAUGUACGAUGAUCGCGUUGAGGCAUUGUACAAUUUUAGAAAGAGGUUGAAGUGUGAAGAGAAGUCUUUAUUGGGAAAAUCUACAUCCGAUGGAGUCUCCUCGACUUCAUCGAAAACAAAAACAAAAGCUCGUGGACAUUUGGAGAGAACCUCAAGUUCUCGAUCUGAAGAUGUUGUCGAUAAGAAGUUACUUGACUCCUGUAGUCUUGAUAAAUAUGCCCGGGUGCACAUCCCUGUGGGGCCAAAUCAUCAAGCUGAAGUGCCAGAAUGGACUGGCACAACUUGUGAAAGUGAUUCUAAGUGGUUGGGGACCCAAAUAUGGCCUCCAAAAUUUGUAAAUUCAAAAUGGUGUCUUGUUGAAAGGGACCCUAUUGGAAAAGGAAGACAAGAUUCAUGUGGCUGCCCAGUACAAGGUUCUGUUGAGUGUGUCCGGUUUCAUGUUGGUGAGAAAAGGUCUAAAGUUAAGAUAGAGCUGGGGGAGGCUUUUUUACAAUGGAGAUUAAACAUGGUAGGUGAAGAAGUUAGUAGUUCUUGGACAGAUGAGGAUGAGAAGAAGUUCAGAGAUGUGGUGAAAUCAAACCCUGCUUCACUUGAUAAAUGUUUUUGGGAUCAUCUCUUUAAAACAUUUCCUAAGAAGAGCAGAGAAGAUUUGGUCUGCUACUAUUUCAAUGUCUUUCUUCUGCAGCAGAGAGCAUAUCAGAACAGGCAUACUCCAGAUAACAUUGAUAGUGAUGAUGAUGAAUCAGAGUUCACACCAUUGAGGAAAGUGUUUGGACAUCAAACACCAAAAUCACGCAACCUCACCUUGUUAUCACCCAAAAAAUCCACUGGCAAAAGGUCAAAUGGCAAGUGAAUGGUCAGUCACUUCUCAAUCUUUAUCGAGAAUGUGCAUUGACAAUUUUGUGCGUAUUUUGAUGCCACAAUUUUUAGAAUCAAUGGGUCUUUCUCUCCUUAGAAUUUGGAACCACCAUUGAUUUUGGAAGUGGAAAAUGGAACCUAAAAGACUGGUUCUUUUGUGUAGGAUGAAUUUAGGACAUGAAAGAUGUUUUUUGAAGCCUUGCCAACAACUACUAAAAACUGACAGUUGGAGUUGCUUUUAGUUUUACAUGCCUCCAUUUUGAGACAUGUCUUCUAUCUGUAGGCUGUAAUAUGUUACAGCCACAGGUACUCUCUUCCCUCAUUUUGUUUUCACCAGUUUUUGACAAGGGUUACUUUAAGGUUCAAAGAACAACAUCAUGAAUAUAUGGGGCUACAUUUCAUUGCAGAGUUUUAUGAAGAAAUAUUUGAAUUUCA